AUGGACCUUCCAGGCCUCGACUUCUACGUCGAAGGCGAUGACCCCCUCUUCAAUCGCCGAGUCAACGCCGUCUUCCUGAAGCUGUUCGCCAACAACUAUUUUGUCUACGGCAGAGAUCACGUUGCUCUUCGCCAGCAUUAUAUCGCCAAUCGGGGCGAUGCCCUUUUCCGUGCUAUUGUCAACCUUCACAUCUCCGGCAAACAUUCGAACUUCAGCACUUUGUACGGCGCUGCUCUCACUGGCCUCUCUGAAGACUCUGGAUCUUCCCGCGAAUGGAAUGAUUCUGAUGAGCUCGGAAUCGACUCAGUUAUUUUCGUCAUCGACCGCAUUAUUCGCGCCCGCCUCCAGCAUCUGAGAGCCAACCACACUAACAUCGACGAGCCCAACCCUGUCAUUGAGGCCUUCCUUGCCACUCUCGAUGAGUGGAUCGCAGUUCUUGACGAACACAAGAUGAAUGCUGCCAUUCCCUCCGAGUCCGACGCGUCUGACAGCAGCCAACCCUCUCUGCCGCGCAGCCCUCAUCCCGACAACGCCGCUGCUGCCUCCGCGUCCAAGGCGUCUACUGUCAAUCAGAUCAUUUUGCCUUACCGUCCUAUUCCUGAGAAUGAAUCGGGUAAGCCAGAGCAGGCCAAGUCCAGCACCCAGGACAGCCGUGAUCAGACGAUUCAGGACUUGCGAUCCCAGAUCCGGGCAUCUCAGGCAAAGACCGAGGAGCGGGCGAACCUUGACAUCGCCCGUCGUGAAGAGCAAGAAACUCUUGAACUCGUCAACGAAGCGCUCCGAGCCGAGCUCGAUAAGGCGAAGAACGCCCGCCGUCGAAUCUGGUAA